AUGACAUCACGACGUGAAUCAGCUGUGCGUCAACAUUCAUUUUCAUUAUAUAAUUUAUCAGCAAACGAAAUUUAUUUUCAAGAUUAUGCUGUUAUCUGUCAAAGUACAUUAAAUGAAGAUCACCAAACGAAAGUUAAAGGCCGUGUAAAAAUCUGUUCUAAAUCUCUUGUUUUUGUUCCAAAUGAUAUUCGUUCACCGAUGAUUAAAAUUUUAUAUAAACAAAUAUCGAAAUUUGAAGAUAGUGGAAAAAAUGAAUUCAGUCUUACUGAUUCAACAAUAGUAUCAUCAUCAUCAUCUUCAUCGUCGUCGUCGUCAAAUAUCAAUAAGAAAAAAUCAAAUAGCUUAAUUAUUAUUUGUUCAUCAGCUACAUUAAUGGCAAUCAAUGGACGUAUUGAACCAUAUACAACGACGUAUGAUACGCAUCGUUUUUAUUUUGAAUUUGUUUAUUCAAAUGUUGAAGACUGUUUAUCAGUUGUUGGUCAACUAUAUCGUUCAACAACAUUACCAUUUCCAGAACAAGUUAUGAUGAUUGAAUCAAUUGUUCAAGGACGAUUAAAAAUGCUUAAAUUUGAUUUCAAACAAUUAAAAGAUUUGAAUGAAAAAAUUUUAUUUGAACAAGAUGCAUAUGUUAUUAAACCUUUAAUAAAAAACCCUGGUAAAUGUUUAUUAACAAAUCAAUGUUGUUAUUUUCAAGCAUUAAAUAAUAUUAAUGAACAGCAAAUUGUUCAAUAUGAGUUAGGUACAUUAUACAAAAUAGCUAAACGACGUUAUAAAUUUCAUUAUAUUGGCUGUGAAUUACAAUUUAAAUUAGACGAUCAACGACCUAGUCAAAAGAAAAUUCUAUACUUGGUUUUUGCUAAUGAAUCUAUAUGUUCAACAUUCUAUGACUUAGUACUUACUCAACCGUGUGUCCAUCUAGAUUUAACACCAUUUGAAAAUAUGACAUUGCGAUGGCAACAAGGUACAAUAUCAAAUUAUGAUUAUUUACUUUAUUUAAAUGAUCGUGGCGAACGUUCAUUUCAUGAUUGUUCUCAAUAUCCUGUAUUUCCAUGGGUAUUAAGAAAUUAUACAUCGUCAAAUCUUGAUCUAAAUGAUCCACAAUCAUUUCGUGAUUUAAGUAGACCCAUAGGUGCACUUAAUAUUGAACGUUUAGAACGUUUAAAAGAACGUUACACAAAUAUGAGUCUACCAUCGGAUCAUCAACGUUUUCUUUACGGAAGUUUUUAUUCUAAUCCAGGCUUUGUUGUUUAUUUUCUUUGUCGUCUACAUCCACAAUUUAGUUUAUGUUUAAAUGGCGGCCGUUUCGAUCAUUCCGAUCGAUUAUUUCAUUCAAUUGUUGAUACAUGGAAAAGUGUAUUAACAAGUGAUUCUGAUGUAAAAGAAUUAUUACCAGAAUUUUAUAUGACAUCAAAAUUCAUCGACGAUGAAGAUGAUGAUGAACAUCGUUUAGAUGGAGAAUUUUUAAUCAAUCAAUUUGAUAUUGACUUUGGUAUACGACACGAUGAAGUGCGUAUUGGCAAUGUUCUACUUCCACCAUGGGCAGAAAAUGAACGUGACUUUGUAUAUAAAAUGCGUUUAGCAUUAGAAAGUGAACAUGUAUCACAACAUCUACAUGAAUGGAUUGAUCUUAUAUUUGGAUAUAAACAACGUGGUGACGAAGCUCGUCGUGCUGAUAACUUAUUUCAUUAUUUAACAUAUGGUGUGCCAGAAGAUCAUAGUGUAACAGCAAUGGAACAAUAUGAAGAACAAUUAUCAUUAGAAACACAAAUUCUAGAAUUUGGACAAGUUCCUAAACAACUUUUUCUUAAACCACAUCCACGUAAAUUAACCGAACAAGAAUUAAAAAAUGAUCAAGAAAAAAAAUUAAAUGUUGAUAUCGAUCAACCCUCGACUCCAACCGAUAAUAUUACUAAUCCGAUGGAAGAACAUUUGAUGCGUCUUCGAGUUCAAUCUUUAUCAUCGUUUGAACAUCAUGAAUUAGGCCAUUUUGAAUUCGAUUCUGUUUGUCGACUGCAUAAAACAGCUGUAAGAGGCAUUGUUCCACAUCCAUCAUUACCAUCGACGCAUCUACUAACAAUUGGUGAGGAUGGAUUUUUACGUAACUAUAUGGUUAAUAAAAGUAAAAUAGAUACAUUCUAUUUUAUAUCAUUGCGUCCAUUGACAUGUAUAAAAUCAAUUCAAGUUCAUUUUUCAAUAGACGGAAACGAACAAUGCGCAUUAGCAUUUGUUGGUUGCUAUGAUCAUACAUUAUACAUACAUAAUUUACAAACCGGUACAUCAAUAUUAUCACAAGUUUUACAUGAUGAUAUUAUUACAGAUUUAUUUAUAACAAAUCGUUCAACACCAACACUUUUAUGUACAUCAUCGCAUGAUGCAACGGUUCGUUUUUGGUCAUUAGAAAAUCUUAUUUUUGUGAAUGAAGAUAAUUAUGUAUUUCAACCGAAUUAUCAUUCAACAUCAAUCCUUCCGAUGCAAUACGAUAUAUCAUUUGAUUCAUCUUGUACGUGUAUGCAUGCAUUAGAAGAACAUUGUCUUUUAGCUGUUGGUUGUCAAGAUGGAACAAUAAAUUUAUGUAACUUUCAAACUGGAGAAAUACUAAAACAAUUAACAUCACCGUCAUCAUUACCAAUUUUAUCAUUAUCAUUACGUUCUGAUGGUCUUUUUCUUGCUUAUAUAUCAUCAAAAGCAGUAACACUAGUUGAUAUUAUAUCGAGUACCGAUGUAUUCACAAAUACAUGCGUAUCAGAUGAACAAUCAUUUAAAUCUUUAUUCUAUUCAUCACAAAUGUUAAUUCUUGGCUUAAUGAAUGGUUCAUGUGAUGUAUGGAAUUUGAAAAUUUGUGAAAAAGUUCACACAUUAAAUGUUAAUGAUAAAAUAAGUAUAACAACAAUAGCAUACAAUGAUGGAAUGUUUUUCUUCGGUACUGAUGAUGGAUCUGUACAUUCUUAUGUAUUUGCCAGUCGGCAGCAACUAUCGAUCUAG